AGCUGCGGGCGAGUGACAGUCUCCUUCCGCCUGGCAGUCCGCGCGGCGUGAGUCAGCCCUAGCUCCGCUCACCACCAUCAGUGUCACUCCAGUCGUCGCACCACGCACUCGUGCUCGCGCCCGCUCACUGCACGCUCUCUCCACACUGCGGCGUGUUCAAAGCAUAGGUGUUUCGGUUACGCCACUCGGUUGCGAAAGUCUGCGCGAUGAUAUACAAGUGAGAGCCGACAUCGGACGCCAGGGUAACGCUCAUCGCGCACGGUGAGCCAGUUUAUUCGGCGAGAGACAUUCGAAACGCGCCAGCUGUGAGGGACGGGGGGCGCGACGGCGUCGGUCGUACACGCGGGAGCGACGUUUCCUAACACAUUUACUUUACUGUGAGAGAGCUACGAAAACCAAUUUUUAAUGUGUCAAGUCAGUAUAGCAUAUUGCUGCUACGUCAGAUCGCAGAACGCCUCGAGCAGGAACUACAAGGUUAUGCAAAUGAGUUCUGAACGCUUCUAUACUAGGGGUAAUCAAAAGACCAUUCACAACUUCAAUAAACUUUAACGUACAGGUUACCGUACGGUAGUCUAAGUGCUUAUCUAUCGUUUCUCUAUUAUCGUUCGGUGUCGCGAUCGCUAAUUGCUAAUUACUGUGGGAGUCGAGUGAUAAGAAGUCGGCGCGUUAUCUGCGGGCUCGGGCGACGGAGCGCAGAGCACUCGCGGCACGGCAGGGCGGCAGGCAGCAGCAGCACCCGCCGCAGCAGCGAUGGCGGCCGCGCAGGAGGAGACGCUGCUCGCGCGCUGCGAGAUCCCCAUCAUCGACCUGGCGCACAUAGGUACGGAUGUGUGUCCCAUGAAGUCAGUGGUGCGCCGCAUCGGGCAACAGCUGUUCACCGCCCUCAGCAGCAAGGGAAUGGCGAUGCUGGUCAACCAUGGCAUUGCCGAGGAGAAGUUAAAAGCAGUGUAUGCUGACUUGGACAACUUCUGCGCGUUGCCGGAGGGAUGUCAGGCGCAAUACCUACGCAACCCGGCCAACAACCACGGGUACGUGCGCCCGGGGACCGAGCAGUUUGACACCACCAUGACGGAGUUGCGUCACCUGUUCAACAUCACGACGCUCUCGGCAUCCUCGAUGCCGGCCCAGGAGAUCCCCGAGUUCACGAAGCACGCCGUGCCGCUGGCGCAGGACCUCACCAACCUGUCCCGCGUUCUGCUGCAGGCACUCGCUUACGCGUUUGGUCUGCCGCCGGCGACGCUGCUGACGUGCCACUCGGGCAUGCUGGCCAGCGAGGGCCGCAAUCCGUCCACCAUGCGGCUGCUGUACUACCCGCCCGUGCCGCCCGAAGACGAAGGGCCGUGCUGCGACAGCGACGCCGUGCAUUACACCCGCUGCGGCGCGCACGCUGACUACGGCACUUUCACGCUGCUUGCGCAAGACUCCGAAGGCGGCCUUGAGGUGAAACUGAACGGCAGCGAAAAGUGGCAGUCAGUCGGCCAUCUCCCCGGCGCCAUCUUGGUGCAGACUGGGGAACUGCUCGCCACUUGGACGACCAACAUACUGCCGGCUCUGAUGCACCGCGUAGUGGUUCCCUCGGGCACGUACGCCCGCGCCCGUGGCCGGCACUGCGUCGCGUUCUUCUGCCACCCGGACACCGACGCAGUGCUGCCGACCCUGCCGCUGCGCGCCGCGCCUGCGCCCGCGCCGCCCGUCUUCACCCCGCACACACAUCUCACGCUCCACCACCGGCUGCUCAACGCCGCCCAUCACAUCCAAAAACGCUUCAGGGAGACCUACGCGUGACUAGCGCGGACGGGGCACAAACACUACCUCGUGCCGCUUGAACGACGGCAUACCGCCCCGUGAACAUCGACUACUUUACAGCGGGCGCUAUUUCUCUUCUACGUUUCUUUGUAACCCACUUUUCAUAAUAUAAUACUGGAGAAUGGAGGGUUUCCAACUUUGAUUUCGAGGUGAAUGAUCUUUUAUCCUAUGAAGAGAUGUAGAUAAAUUUAGCUCAAAUUAAUCUAUUUUUUAAUACGUAAUGCGCUCGCUGCAGUCAUUGACAAGAGCAUUUGUCGUCAAACAACGGGUGUACACACAAGGUACGAAUUGUGUCAAAGUGAAAAAGUGAACUUUAAAACCAGCUUACAUUAGAUCAUAAACGACUGAAUUUUCUAAUUACAGCACACAAUGGACCAACAUAUUAUACAGUAUAAGUGAUUGGCAUAUCAAGGACAGUAACGUAGGUGAUUUUCUCAGCAUGUUACUUUACGUAAUAAUUGUAAGUAGAAUCAUGUUAACUUGCGGCAAUAAUUACUGAUUGGUGUUAACGGAGUGCACAAUUAGUGUAAUUAAAACGAACCCAUGGACUAAAGUGAUGAAGAGGAGCCAAACCGAACGUGUACACCUGAUGGAGAUGAGAAGCGCGAUCAGCGUUUUCGAUGCACUCUCUGAAGGGUCUAAAGAUCCUUUGACGAUUUAGCCAACAUUCACCUCGUGAGCCGCGAGCCGGUUUAUGUAAAGAGUGUGCUUGUUCUGUACACGAGCACUAGAACGGAGAAGAUCAGGACUGUGUACCUAUGAGCUAUGUGGUGCGGCGUCCGUACCCGAGUGUGAAUGGCUUGGCCGACAAGUACAUCUCCCAGCCCCGCUAAAUGUACUAACCUUUUUACACAAGCGAGCCACGUUAGAACUGCUAAAAUAAUUUAAAAAAGAAAAUCCUUUUUUAUAUAAAAAUAUACUUAAAUAAUUAGAUUUUAGCGUGGACAGCAGAACUGUCUUUGAUUACUACCGAAAUGUGUUCUGCUAGAAUUUAUACUUAUUAUAUAUAGGUACGUUAUAUUUAGUACUAUCUUGUUCUAGUUGAUUUUUGCUAUUGGACUUUGUUCUCUAUAAAUUACCGAAGUAUAUUUUAUUCGUGCUUAAUUUGAUUUUAAAAUAUUUGAACCGUAUACAAAUUUAUUGUUGUCAAAGAGAUAGGACGUAAUGGUUACUUAACUUACCAACCUUAAAAACAUGACAUGUGAUUUUAAUUUUGCUAUGCGAUUACAAAAUGCAUACCUUAUCUUAUAAACAGGUACUUAACAAUACCCCUCCUCUCGUAAAAAAUCAAGUCUAGAAAUAAGUAUUCUUAUUGAAAUUGGGGUUUUAUAAUUAUUAAUAUUAUUCGUGUCUUUGAACCAGUAUUUGGUUACUUAAUAUAUACUUAUGUAGUUGAAUUUUAUUAGUUCGAUUGCUAUAGGUAAUAUGUAAGUCAUUAAGUGAAACGUAGGCUACGCAUAAAAUGCUCCCGUUGAAAAUUUUCUUAAUAAAGAAAAAUGUUAGCAUACAAACUUAACAUUAAAAAGACAAAAGCGUAUUCUUGCCCGAGAUUCAGAUGUUUCAAAAUGACAAAGACAAUUUUAUAUUUUUGUUAUUAUUUCAACUGUUUUAAUUAUCAUUCCCGAACUGUUUGGCAUUUCACUUAAUUAAUUGUGAUGUCUUUUUAUAUUAUAUAAAUUAUAUUUAAUAUUUACAUGUUUUAAGGAUUUUGUGCUUUUAGUAUUACUGUCAAUGGUUAUUGACUUGCGAGUCGGCAUCUACUUAAAUUAAGUGUGUAUUAGUUAGCAAUUAGCGGCACGGCGUCGUAUUCUAAUCUAAUAUUUUGCUUUCCUUCUGUUUUUGUAAACUUGGCUUCUUGCUUUUGCAUUUUUAUCGAUAUUAGUUUUAAAUUUAAAUGUAAUCUUGUAUCGUACAUACAUAUUUCAGGCCACUGCUACUACUAUUAUUAAGUGAUUCGUGUCGUCGCGCAGAUAGCUCAAUUUUGCACGCCUGUUUUACAUAUUUACGGAGUUAUCUCCGUUAGAACAUCGAAUUUACUGAUUUGUUACAACAGACGAAAACUUUCUUUCAACCACAAUUCAAAGUUUUUUUUUAAAUAUUGGUCACGAUUAGUUUCAACACAUUCAAUUCAGAACUUGUUACUAAUGUUUUGAAUUAACAAUGUUCUGAACAGUAGGACAUAAUUAUAGUUUACUAUCUGGGUAAUAUUUAUGUACAAUUUAAUUGGAUUUUUCAAAUAGAUACCCCUUACAAUUAUUAGAAGACUUUUAAUUUUUUUAAAGUUAUUUAUGGGUUAUGGAAUUUAUAUUUCUUUCAAAUAUCGAUGCCAGGUAGUCUAUAUUAUUCUCUCUCAUGUCUCACUAUCCCAUGAAAACAGCAACGAAAUAAGUAAAUAAACAAGUGUAAAACUUAUUUGUGUAAUAUUACCUGCGGGCCGAUUUUCGAGUCUCACGCGUUCGAAUUCAGAUAAUUGUCACUGAAAAUAAUAAGCAAUUCACCGUUUUCAACCGGUAUUUUAGUGACAAAAUCCCGUAUGCGAGAUUCAAAAAUCGCCCUCCUGCUAUUCUCAAUACGGUAUUAAAAAUUACAAGAGAGAAAAGAAGAUAAUUAAAUGUUCUGGGGGCCGAUUUUUGAGUCUCACGGCGUUCGAAUUCAGAAAAUUGUCACUGAAAAUAAUAGGCAAUUCACCGUUUUCAACCGGUAUUUUAGUGAAAGUGAGACUCAAAAAUCGGCCCCCAGAUGUCAAACAAAACUCACUAAUCGAUUAAUAUAAAAUAUCUAUUUAUCUACCUUAUUUUGAUUCUACUAUGGUUCACUACACUACAGCUAAUAAAGAAACAUGUUUGAUUUGAGUUUUGCUUUUCACCUGACGGAAUCAUAGAAUAUUUCAUAAAUAAAAAAACUCUACAAGUACAUAUUAUUCUCUAGCUCAAUUGUUCGUCUGCCUAUAUAUUAUGUACUUGUAUUAUAUCAUCACAUUUUUACUGGCAAGUUCAAGUCACAUACGUAUACAUAUAGUCCGAAGAAGUACAAAAUUGUGCUUGUACCAUUGUACUUAAUAACACUUGUAUUGUUUUUUUCCUACAUAUUUACAAAGUAUACCGUCUAGUACUUACCACAAUACAUAAACAUGUCCGAUUUAAUACUGGAAUAAUAAAUGUUAGAAAAAUAAAUAUGCAACUGUAUGAAACGAAUAAAAA